CGGCAUAUCGGAUGCGGUGUAGUCACACAAGUUCAAAUUUUUUAACGGAUCCAACGCUCAAAUCGGACCCGAAAAUUACGGAUCCGCAGGUGGUCGUCACCUCACGCAGCGACCUUGCAACUCUCCAUAGGAAAUGAAUGACUUCCGGUUUAUCUGUGGUCGUUUGUCGUGUGCAGUGUGAAGGCGGCUUAAAAGUUUAGAAACUGUCGGAAUGUUGAUAUUCAUAGUACACAAAUAUAUCUACGUGUAAGAAAUAUUUUAGGAAGACACCCUGUACUCUGAUUUUAGUCUGCUGGAAAGAAGACUGCUGGGAAGCUACUGGGAUUUCUGGGAAGAGCUUUCAUCUCAGUUCAUUUACACUUGCAUCGGGAUGCUGCGCUCAUUGUGCUGGGAGAUUUUAACAGUGCCAACCUCAAACGCGCACUACCGAACUUUCAGCAGCACAUCACCUGCCCCACCAGGGGCGGAAGGACACUGGACCACUGCUACACACCGUUCAAAAACAGCUACAAGGCACAAUCACGUCCACCGUUUGGGAAAUCGGACCAUGCCGCCAUCUUCCUCAUGCCUGUUUACAAACAAAGGCCGAAACAGGAAGCUCCAGUUCAGAGGGAGGUUGCGCGCUGGACUGACCAAUCGGUGGCCGCUCUGCAGGACGCUCUGGAUGACGCAGACUGGGAUAUGUUCAGGCACAGCUCUGAUGACGUCAACAUGUUUACGGAAGCGGUCGUAGGGAAACUAGCGGAUGAUACGGUGCAGAAAGCCACCAUCAGAAUGUUUCCGAUCCAGAAGCCGUGGGUAAAUAAACCCAUCCGCGACGCUCUGAGAUCCCGCUCCGCUGCCUAUAACACGGGGCUCGCCACCGGGGACAUGGGCGAGUACAAGGCUGCGUCUUACAGUGUGCGCAGAGUGGUGAAGGAAGCAAAGUGGCGCUACAGGAGGAAACUAGAGUCACAGUUCCAACAUGGUGGCUCUAGGAGCCUGUGGCAGGGACUAAGGAACAUUACGGACUAUAGAACACCUGCUUCUAGAAUGGGGAAUGCGGACGCUUCUCUGGCAGGCGAGCUGAAUACCUUUUAUGCUUGCUUCGAGGCUUUAGCUAACCACGCUAGCGGCACAAACAGCAUGCACGCUGAGAGAGCUGGAGAGGUAAACAUGUUCACCAUCUCAGAGCAUGACGUGAGGAGGGCAUUCAGGAGAGUGAAUACCAGGAAGGCAACAGGACCAGAUGGCAUCACGGGUCGGGUUCUGAAAGCCUGCGCUGACCAGCUAGCACCGGUGUUCACUGAGAUAUUCAACCUCUCACUGGAACAGUCUGUUGUCCCCUCAUGCUUCAAGCAGUCCACCAUUGUUCCGGUCCCGAAGAAACCCCAGCAUGCCUGCCUCAACUACUACUGCCCUGUAGCUCUGACCUCAAUAGUGAUGAAGUGUUUCGAUAGACUUGUCAGAGACUUCAUCACUGCAUCACUACCAGACACAAUGGAUCCACUACAGUUCGCGGACCGCCAUUACCGCUCUACUGAGGACGCCAUUGCUCAGCUUCUCCACACCACGAUGAGCUACCUGGACUAUAGAAAAGGGAAUUAUGCAAAAAUGCUGUUUGUGGACUACAGUUCAGUGUUUAACACCAUAAUUCCCUCCACGCUCACCUCUAAGUUGGAGAUCCUGGGACUCUCAGCCUGCCGCUGUGUCAGUGGAUCUCCAACUUCCUGACAGACAGACCACAAGCUGUACGGGUGGGCAAACACACAUCAUCCAUCCUCACCCUCAGCACUGGAGCCCCCCAGGGUUGUGUUCUGAGCCCGCUGCCUCUCACUGUACUCUUAUGACUGUGUGGCCACUUCCAACUCCACCACCACCAUCAAGUUUGCUGACGACACUGUUGUGGUGGGCCUGAUCUCCAACAUCGACGAGACGGCCUACCUACAGGAGACUAAAAACCUGGAGAGAUGGUGCCAGGAGAACAAUCUUCUCCUGAACGUCAGCAAGACUAAAGAGUUGAUAGUGGACUUCAGCACAAAGCAGGAGCGGUCAUACCAACCUCUAAACAUCAACAGGACCUCAGUAGAUAGAGUGGACAGUUUCCGGUACCUAGGUGUUUACAUCACACAGGACCUGUCUUGGUCCUGUCACAUUAACACCCUGGUGAAGAAGGCCCAGCAGUGACCAUACCAUCUGAGACGCUUGAGGGUACUUCAGACUACACUCUCAGGUGCUAAAGAUCUUCUACACCUGCACCAUUGAGAGCGUCCUGACGGGUAGCAUCACUUCCUGGUUCGGGAACAGCACCAUGCAGGACAGGCGAGCCCUCCAGAGGGUGGUGCGUUCAGCUGAACGUACCAUCCACACUGAGCUCCCUGACCUGCAGGACAUCUACAGCACGCAGUGCCGGACCAGAGCCAGGAAGAUUGUAAAAGAUCUCAGCCAUCCCAACAAUGGACUCUUUUCUUUGUUGCGUUCAGGGAAACGCUUCCGCUCCCUGAAAGCAAACACAGAGAGGAUGAGGAGAAGCUUCUUCCCGUAGGCCAUUCAGAUCUUAAACUAGGAGACACCCAGGAUCUAGCGCUGGACCUCUCUCUACAUCCCCAGUGUCUAUGCAAGACCACCCCCCCACCCCCACCCCCACUUUUUUUUUGCACUGACACUUUAAUUCUGGACUGUCACUGUCACUUUAAUUUGAACAGCACAGUGCCACUUUAUACACUCCAUAUACUAUUUACACACCAUACUUCACCUGGACAUUCUAAGGACAGUUUAACUCUGGACUUGCACAGCAAAGUGCAAUCAUCUAUAUUUUUAUAUAGUUUUCUUAUACAGUUUAUACUGUUUUAUUAUUUUAUUCUUAUACCGGACAGUUGCAUAAAGCAUUUCACUACAUAUCGUACCCUGUUUGUAUGUGUAUGUGACAAAUAAAAUUUGAUUUGAUUUUGAUUUGAAAUAACAGCUGGGUUGUUAAUUUACAGAGAAUGUACAAAAAUUUACAGCAUAAACUGUAUGAAAAUAGUAUUUUCCAUAACAGUAUUUAUUUAAUAAAUGGAUCAAAGUAUGAAUAAUGUGAUGUUUAUACUUUAUUUUAGAAACUUAUUCAGACAAUACAAAUGGCAAAUUAAACCAAUAUAUUGAUCACAACUUGUACUAGGACUCAAAUUCCUCUAUAUUGUAACAAAGGAUUAUGUAUUUACACAUUUGCUUCUGCAUGUCAGUGUGUGCAGCAAUGUCAAAGUUUGCUCCAUUUUAUUUUCAUUAAAUGUUACAGUAUUUUCUCAGUUGUAGUUGGCUGUAAUUCUGCCAUAAAUAUGUUGUGUAUUAGACUAGUUUGUCCUAAUGUGAAACGCUGAUGUAGCAGAAUUUUUGUAUGAAUCUUAUACACUUAGUUACAUAUAAGAUUCUUAAUAAUUUGUUCUCCGUAACCUGAUUAUAAGAACAAUCCCUCCAGUCACUUUGCAUAUCUUUUAAUUGACCAGAUGAUUAUAGACGUGUACCUGCCACACCCCAGACUCGGAUAAUAAAGGUGGUAAUAGUUGACUAAUGGCUGUGAAAUGGCCUGUUGCUGGACUGUGUCUUUGUCCUCAGGUGUACUUAAAGGAGACACCCUGACAUUUUAUUUGAGUUCCUCACUGAGAAGACUGCUGAGAAAUUACUGGGAUUUAAGAAAAAGAUCACUUCAACUUGUGAAACAUCGUCAUCUGGCUGUCUUCACACAAUAAAUCACCACAGAAAGAUUUGUGCAGAAUGGGCAAGAAAAUAAUUCACUACUGCUCACAGUGUGGGAAGAGUUUUGACAACUCCUAUAUUCUCAAACAACAC